AUGUCGCCCACCUACACCAUGUCCGCACACCUGUGCAAGCAGAUCUACGCUUCAUGGCGCGAAACCCGCCGUUCUCCCUCUGAUCUGCCCUCUCCUGGCAUCCAGGCUCCCAACAUGACGUCCUACUUCCCCCGCAGCCCAUCCCCAGAGAAGCGUUCCAUGGACAGCGACCGCAGCGACGCCGGCGUGCCAAUGUCGCGAUCCAUCUCGGGCUCCUCGUGGCGCGGCCCCAAGUAG